AUGCAGCAAUACGUUUGCCAGGCGUUUGUGGAACUUGUUUUUCUUGAGAUGUUGGUACAUCAGCAUCUCCCCGUGCUUCGUCGGCAUCUCCGUGCCGCCCUCAGCCAUGUCACCCAUUCAGCUACGCGUCGAAACUCGAUUGCCAGUAGCAACGCCGCCGAUCGAACGAGAUUUUCCGUCGCGGCAGCAAUCACCAUCAUUCCUCAUCCACGCGUAGGGCAUGUGCCUUCCCCUACAGCAAGUCCAGGUGGAGCACAGCCAACACACGUUAACCGCUGCACAUACCAGCCGUUGCCGCACGCGCCACCGUCGGCUGCACUUGCGUUGGACGGCGAAUCCGUCGACCUCUCUCAGCUGCCGUCGCGCUCUCGAUGA